AAAGAGCUUAAGCCUGGCUCGGGCACCUGCAGGCUUAAACGCCUACGCCGUUCUCGCGGUAGAUCGUCACCGAAACCAGUAUAUCAAUCUCCGUCAGCUCCCCCGCCCACUGGUCGUCUGCGGUCUCCAAGAACAGAGUGUUGUGAUUCAUCCCGCAGGCGCCUUCUUCUACAUGCCCUUCACGAGGAAGCGUGACCAAAAGAUGGAGACGGUGUCGUUUCGGCGGCGGAACACCCACGGCCGGAACUCGUCCUCACCGUCGCUGCCGACGAGCUCGGCUUCUUCCGGGUGGCGAGGAUGCAGAGGAGAGACUCCAGUCGGUUGCAGGCCAGGGAGUCGCCAACGAGGCGAGGUGCUUGUGGUUGAAACAUAAAACCCUAACAUUAUCACAUCCGCGUCAGCAGGCCAGAAAUAAUGCACCUAAAUUGUGGUUCAGCCGACGCCAACGUACACGAUUUUCUACCCCGGCAUUUGGCAAAUGCUCAAAGGAGCCAAAGGGUAAGAUCAAAUCACCAAUCCUUCUCUAUUGGCACGGUAAGCCAAGAUCUUGCCUUCUCCAGUUCCCACAGCGCCAUGACGCUCGUCCUUCCAGUCGUGCUCGGCUCUCUACCCAUCGGCGCAACCCCAGUAAGGUUCAAACAAACCCAAGCGCCGGUAGCUGCACUUGGGAUCCAGUCUCCGCCUUCCUCCUCUUCCGCCUCCGUCGACUGGGUGAAGGUCACCGACGGCGAGUUCUUCCAAACCGACUCCAGGCCGAUCAUGCUCUUCGACGGCGUGUGCAAUUUGUGCAACGGUGGAGUCAGAUUUGUUCGGGACAACGAUCGCAACAGAAUGAUUAGGUACGAGGCGCUUCAGAGUGAAUCCGGCAGGAAACUUCUGCAAAGAUGCGGGAGAUCAUCCGACGAUAUUUCCAGUGUAGUACUUGUCGAAAAAGACAGGUGUUCUAUAAAGUCAGAAGCUGUCCUCAGGAUUAUGGAGUUUCUUGGCCUCCCGUUUCCUCAACUUGCUUUCUUCUUGAAGAUUGCCCCACUGUUUGUGAGGGAUUUUUCUUAUGACAUAGUUGCCAACAACCGCUAUGCACUUUUUGGCCGCACAGAAGCAGAAUCAUCAAUUCGAGACCAUAUAUCCAUUUUUAAAGGCGAACUAACUGGAGUAGCCCAAUUCAUGACAAGAAGAACAAGAGAUACCAGCUUGCUCUAACAGUUGACUAAUAAUUAUUUUAAUAAACAUACUCUCUUUUUUUUUCAAGAAUUGAAUAGCAAUGUUAUAUCAUUUUAAUAUAAUGAUAAAAUCAACAGACUCGACCAACUCGA